UUUCGAUUCACAACAGUCUUGUCUCGUGCUCGCCAGUUUUGGGUUUUGGCUGAGUAAAAGUCGUGCGAAUGUCUUAUAUUAACUGUGAGGAGCAUUGUUUACGUCUACAGACAAUUGCCGUAUCUAAUCAAGCACUCAAGUGAAUCACAUAAUCUAGCAUAUAUAAAAGGGAGCUCCUAGAAUAACACAUCAUUCUGACCCAAGGCUUUAAUGUGUAUACUCGGUUUAACAGCGUAUCCGGCAAAGAAAGUAUUUGACAUUGCUUUCCAAAGAUUUUCACUCUCUAGUGAUAAGUUAUUAGUUUCUCGAAUUUUCCGUUGCCUAACAAGUGGAGGUGCCUUAAGUGCCAGCCUUCGCAGUUCCAGUAGCAAUAGUGCCUUGAGCAAUUCAUGUCAAACAACAGUGAUACGCAAUAGUAGCACAUUUAAACGCAGCGUCAACAAAAUGCUGAACCAUUUGCCUUAUUUUGCCAGCGGUGAAAUUGUACGCGGUUUCGGACGCGGCUCCAGUGAACUAGGCAUACCAACAGCGAAUUUUUCAUUGGAGGUGGUCAAAUCGCUACCAGCCGCAUUUUCGUUAGGCAUCUACUAUGGAUGGGCGAAUGUGGAUAAUGGUGAAGUUUAUAAAAUGGUAAUGAGCAUAGGCACAAAUCCUUACUAUGACAAUAAGGAGAAAAGUAUGGAAACCCAUAUUAUGCAUAAAUUCGAUGGAGAUUUGUAUGGCCGCCUACUUAAAGUUUGUAUCGUCGGCUAUCUGCGCCCAGAAUGUAAUUUCGAAUCGCUGGAGGCUCUAAUAAAUGCUAUACAAAAAGAUAUCAAAGACUGUAACAACUUGCUGGACAAGGAUGAGGAAAGUCGUCAAUUGCGGCAUUCGAAAUUUUUCAAAGCGAAUUGUAAUGACAGUCCGACAAAUUCCACGACAACGUAUUUGAAUGG